GUAAAUCUUGUCAGUGCUGUUGUGGUUCUUAUUUUGCUAAAAUAGGUCCUUUUUUACUGCAAAAAGUAAGCAAAGGCAUAARAAAUGGAAGAAAAUAGAUGUGUUACUCCCAGUGACACUGUAGAGGAUUAUGUAGAAAGUCUACAAAACAAGAAUACUAAGGGAAAAACCGAGCGAGAUGUGAGGCUACUGAAAAGCUAUCUAACAUCACAAAAUGAGGAAAGAGAAGUGCACGAAAUAGAGCCACAAGAGCUAGAUCGAUAUCUAGCAGAGUUUAUUCGUUUGGUUAGGCGAAAAGAUGGAGAGGACUAUGAAUGGAAUAUUAUCAAAUUUCUCAACAAGACCUUCAAAAAAUAGCUGGAUUUUUGAAAAUUUCCAAAAGAGAGAAUGUGCGAGGUUUAUCCCGACUUCAAGUGGUUCUGAUAAGUGCUGUUGUGGCAGGAUCAAAGAGGUGCACAAUAAAGACGCAUUGCUUCCACCUGCCUUACAAGAUUCAACCUGGGUGUCUUCAAGACACACAGUAGCUUCACCCACAGAUGCGUACGGGGAAAUAGAAUUCCAUGGCGCAGGACAUUGUAGCAGGGCUAAGUAUAUUCGUGUUGCGCAUGACACGGAUGCAGAACUGGCUUAUCGUCUCCUUUCUAGCGAGUGGCGGAUUGGUUUACCAAAACUACUCAUUUCUGUCACGGGUGGUGCGAAGAACUUCGUUCUGCAGAAUAAAUUGAAGAGGAUUCUCAGAGAUGGUCUUCUUAAGGCUGCACAGACAACAGGAGCAUGGAUAAUUACCGGAGGAACAAACACAGGAGUUAUGAAACAUGUGGGCGAGGCUGUGCGCGGUCAUACAGUCAUGUCACGUGGUGCCCAGCUUAAAGAUAGUGCUCAUCAAGUCCAUUUGAUUGGUAUUGCCAGUUGGGGUAUUGUUAAUCAUAGAGAUCUGUUAGUAAAUACAAAGGAACCAGUUACAUACCACAUGACUUCCAGCAUGAAAUCUAAAGGGGCGUGCUUGGAUAACAAUCAUUCUCAUUUCAUCCUUGUCGAUAAUGGUACCGUAGAGCAGUAUGGUGUAGAGAUAUCAUUCAGGGCAAAUCUUGAAAACUGUAUCGCUCGGAAAACCAUGGCAGAAAGUUGUAGCUGGGAAAUGUCAAACGUGGCCGAUGUAGUUGAGCAUCGUCAACUGCUGCAUAAGAUUGAGAAAGCUUUCCCUGGAUGUGAUCCUAAAGGCUGUUUAGCGCUCUACAAAAGUGUACUGAAGUGCGUAGCUAAACGAGAAUACAUCACAGUCUUCAGCGUGGACGAAGGAGCACUAGAUAUCGACAAAGCCAUUCUAAGAGCUUUAUUGAAAGGUCAAAAUGCACUUCCCAAGCAUCAACUCAGCCUUGCUUUAGUUUGGGACCGAGCAGACAUUGCAAAGUCAGAGAUUUUUGCUGAAGAUAUCAAGUGGAAGGUAAARCAUUGA